AUGGACCUCCUCAGGGCCCUCAUUGCCCGCACCUUCUCACCACCCUCUCCCCCUUCCCCUUGCUGCCCCCUGCCCAACCCUUCCCCAACCCUACCCCUCGCCACUCCCUCCGCCCACCAGAUGGGCGACCCCGCGGCCAGUCUCAAGCGCGCCAUGCUGCUAAUGGACCUCCUAGAGGCGCUCAUCGUGGGCGACCCCGCGGCCAGUCUCAAGCGAGCCAUGCUGCUAAUGGACCUCCUGGAGGCGCUCAUCGCACGCAAGCACCGCCACCGCCAGCUCUUCGCGCACCACUGGCCGGGCGGGGGCGGCCGCGGGGGCACGUCAGUGGUGUCAGCGUCGGCGUCAGUGAUGGAUGAGUCGGAGGACUGGGAGGACACGGAUCUGGAUUCGUCCCUUAACUUCUCGCUGCUCUCAGGGGCGCAUGGAGGGGUGGGGGGGUUUGGAGGCGCAGUGGGAGGGGAGAGGUUGUUUGGAGCGGAAGCUGCAUUGCUCCUGCCACAGGGGGCAGAUGCAUGCAGUGAUGAUGGUGAUGACGAUUGUGGUGAUGGUGGUGACGGCUCUGAUUGUGGGUGUGAAAAUUCGAAUGAGGAUGGCGAUGAGGGCAGUGGUUGCAGUGACGACGUGGAUGGUGCAGAGCCUGAUGAUCACACCUUUGCGCUGCCUCCAGGUGAUGCUGCCAACACUGACAGCCUUGCUGCUGUUGAGAAUUUAUAUUCCGAAGCAGAGGUCAAUGUCAAGGUUGAUGGUGAUGGUGAUGGUGAUGGUGAUGGUGAUGGUGAUGGUGAUGGUGAUGGUGAUGGUGGUGGUGAUGGUGGUGGUGGUUGCGAGCACGCGCAUGAUGGGAUUGACUGUGGAGUGGAUGAUGCCAACCAUCAUGAACGUGGAGCACACAGCUCUAAACUAACUCGUAGGCAUACAGCUGCUGCUCACACUGACACCGCUCAUCCUGCCACUCACCCCACCACAGCCGCUCGCGAGGCUGCGAUGCAAGAGCAGGCUUUGGGUUCCACCUCCCCUUGGGACGCUCCUCCCGAGCUCUCUUCUUCCCAGCCUCCAUUUCCUCCCCCCACUCCUCCACCUACCACCCCGCCGGCCUCACUCCUCCCUGCCACGGCUCUUUCUGCUCUACCCGCUGCUGCAGACGCCAUACAGUGCACAGCUGCGCCUGCCGCCGCCUCGUCUCCCCUCCUUGCCAGCAUGCUCCUCGUGCUCGCUGCCAUGCACACCGCCCCUCCCCUGCACCCCUCCCCACCGGCCUCAACAACCCAUGUCCUCACUCCGUCUGCCUCUGCUCCUGCUGCUGCUGCAGACGUGGCAGCGUCAUCCCAAGGCCCCACAGACCCUCCUCUUGUGGUCUCUCUGCCCCAUCCCCCCUCCGCGGGCCCCUCUCCCACCCUGGCUGUACUAGAGCCAGGCCAGGUUCUUGUGCCCCCCCCCAAACGCAGCAGAGCAUCCGCUGCUGCGUGCACUGCUGCCCCCGCUGUUGCUGGUGGUGGUGCUGCUGGCGCUGCUGCUGACACUGCAGUUGAUGCUGCUGGCAGUGGGGGGCAAGAGGAGGGGAGUGGGCGGGGAAAGAGAGUCUUGAAGAAGACGGGUGCAGGGCGAGGCAAGGGCGCAGCAGCGGCAGGCAGGGCGGGAGCCAAGGGCGCUCUAGAGGGGUUGGGCGGAGAGGAGGGGAAGAAGGGGGGCGGAGAGGAGGGGAAGAAGGGGGGCGGAGAGGAGGGGAAGAAGGGGGGCGGAGAGGGAUUGACGAAGGCAAAGGGCAGAGAGAGAGGCGGUGGAGGCGUGGCAGGUGCCGGGACGAAGAGGAGGACGGGUGGUGGUGGCAAGGCAGUGGGGGCAGCGGAGGGGGAUGUUGGGGUUGUGGAGGAGCAAGGAGCGGAUGAUAGGUCCUGCCCGGUCGCAUCGCUGGCAGAUGAGGGGUGGAGACACGGUGAGCAAGAGGCAACAGUUAAGGAUGGAGCAACAGCAGCAGCAGAAGCAGGCAAGACAGUGGCUGCAGUAGGCAAGAGGACAGCAGCUGGCAAGGCAACAACAGGGAAAACAGUGGCAGCAGGCAAGGCAGGAGCAGCAGGCAAAGUAGGGAAGAAGGUGGUGAACAAGGGAAAGGGCAAGGCCGCCAAGGUUGCUGACAGGGCAAGAGCAGAGGCGGAGGCAAGGCGGGGCGCGGAGGGGAUGAGGGCAGGCGAGGGCCAGAGCAGCUGCUCAGUGGCAGCAGCGGGUGGGCGCAUGGGUGCCGUGACGGGUGGUGGUGGGGCGAGCAAGGGAGGGAAGGUGAAGAAGAGUGCAAGGAAGGCUGUGGCGGAGAUAGAAGAGAUAGAGGAGAUCAAGGUGGUGGAGGAGGAGGAGGGAGGGGUGAAGAAACACGGGCAGUCCAAGCGUGCCACCGCUGCGGCCACCGGUGCUGCUUCCGCUGCUGCCGCUGCUGCGGGUGCUCCCAAGCCUCGCAAACGUCGUGAGGCAGGAACAGCGGUUAGUGGUGGUGGUGGUGAUGGCACUGGCGGCACUGCUGCCCGCAGGGACGUGGCAUCUGGGCAGGUCGUUGAGAGGAGCGGCAGGGAGGCAGCGAGGGGGAAGGGGAAGGGGAGGGUUGGUGAGACGGGCGCGAGUGGUGGUAGUGGUGGCGGGGUGGAAGGACGAGCAGUGAGGGGUGGUGGGGGUGCAAGAGCAGCAGGGAGGGAGGCGGCAAUGAGAGAGGCGCUGGGGAGGGAGCUGGCGUGGAUGCAGCGAGUGAGGGAGAUGCAGGGCGGCGAGUGGGGCGAGCGCUGGCAGCGGUGGCUGCAGGAGAGCGAGGAGAGUAGGAGCGAAGGGGGGAGCAGGAGGGGGGCUGCGAGGGAGGGCGUGCAUGUGUUUGGGGAGGGGACUGCCGUGCGGGAGAGGAUCAGCGAGUGGGAGAGGGCUCUUGCGCUUGCCCGUGCUGCUGUUGAUGCGGAGGGCAGGGCAGUGGGGGAGGGAGUAGGGGGAGGGGAAGCAGGAUGGGGAGAGGGGGGAAGGGGGGAAGUGGGGAGUGGUGGGAGGAGGGGCGGGAGUGGACAUGGGAAGCGGCACGAGGGGCAGCUGAGGCAGGCUGGGGAGGAGAAUAGCCGGGGUGGGAAGGGUGGGGAUGAGAGGGGAGGGGUUGAGAAGGGGGGGCAGCAGGGGGAGCAAGAGGAGAGCAGUGAAUUGUGGCGGUGGAGGAGGGCGCUGGCAGGGCGUGUGGGGGGAGGCGGGGGAGGGGGGGGAGCGGAGAGGUUUCAGCCGGCGUGUGUGCUGCCGCCACUCUCCUCUGCCCACCGCUCCCACGGCGGUGCUGCUGCCUCUGCUGCAGCCGCUGCUGCCGGUGGGGGCCCUGUUGCACCCCAUGCCCAUGCUCAUGCUCAUGCUCAUGCUCAUGCUCAUGCUCAUGCUCAUGCUCAUGCGUGUCCCUCCCUGGCACACGCACCGGCUGACUUUGAGCUUCUAGAAGAAACACCAAGGGGUGGGGAUGUGCGGCGGCGCUCUGAAAGCACGGCUGGUGGUGGUGGUGACGCACGGAUGGCAGAGCAGGCAGGGGAGCACGGCUCUAAGAUGCAUCGCCAGGAGAAGAGCAGCGGUGCAGCACCUGACAGUUUGCUACCUGCCCACCCCGCACCUGGCCGUUCACCUGAGAAUCAGUGUGUGCCACCCAGUGUGCCGGCUUCAGGUGGUGGGAAGGUGAAAGGGAAGAAAGGGGUUAAGGGAACGGGCAAAGACAGAGCAGGUUUGGCAGAGAAGCAAGGGAAGGAGGGUGGGGAAGAGGCGAGUGGAGCGGUGGAGGGAAGUGGGGCCAAGGGUAGGAAGGGGGGAAAGAAGGCAGUGGCAGCAGCAGUGGUGGCGGAAAUGAGGAGGAGGAAGGGCGGAUGGGGGCCAGAGGACGAGGCGGAGGGCGAGGAGGAGGCGGAGGGCGAGGAGAAAGCAGGUGCUAGUGAAGCAGUGGCAGGGGGGAUGGCAGCGGUGGGCGCAGCAGGGGAGGAGCAGGUGGAAGGGAGGCCACAGGCAACUGCUGGGCAACCACCGAGUGAGAGGCAUGAGCAGCAGAGGCAGCAGAGUGAGCAAAUGGAGCAGUUGCAUUGUGAGGCUCCAGAGGCAGUUCAGCAGAGCCAGCAGCCGCAGCAGCAAGAGCAGGAGCAGCAGCAGCAGCGGCGCCAGCACCCCUGCUCCCACCACUCGCCUCCUCCCGCUCCCCGCACCCAACCCUCUCCAUCCCGCCCGCCCCUCCGCCCCCAAGCCCUCUCUGCUCAUGCCCGGCCCCUCCUGCAUCGCCCCUUCUGCCCGGCCUCACUCGUCUGCCGCCAGUGCUUCCUCUCCUCGCCUGCACAACUCCCCUGCCUCCUCCUCUCUCCCCUCUCCCUCUCCUUCCCUCCCCUCCCCCUCCACCUCCACUCCACUCGCCGCCGCCUCUCCUUUCAACCGCCCACAGCUGCCGCUGGGGUCCCACGUUCCUCCAUCCCCUCCCAUUCCUCCUCCCUUGUGCACUCCUCCAUUUCAUCCCAGUCAUCCCACACCCUCACUCCCUCUCACUCACACACUCCCUCUACCUCCUCACUCAUAUCCUUCGCCUCUCCUCUCCCCUCCUCCACCCUCUCUCACCCCUCGUCUAGCCCCUCUGCUGACGCCCCUCCCUCCCACCUCCCUCCGCGCCCUUCCUCCCGCCGCCCUCCCCCGAUUCUCCCCCCUUCCCGCCGCCAUCCCUCCACCCUCCUAAACAAUCUCACCCCUUCCUCCUCCCACUCCUCCCCCCAGCCAACCUCCUCCUCCCUCUCCUCCCCCCACCUGCCCUCCUCCGUGUUCUCCCCCCUCUCGCCCACCACUUCAGACUGCCCCGCCUCUCAGCUCGUCCCCCCACCCUCUCAGCUCGUCCCUCCACCCUCUCAGCUCGUCCCCCCACCAUCGCUACCUCCCCGCAAGCACCCUUUCGCCCUGAGUGGCAGCAGCAGGGCGCUGGUGAGAGUGCCGUCUCCGACCAAGGAGGCUGGUGAAGCGGGUCAGCAACAGCACACAGCUGCCACCAGCAGCAGUGCAGUUGUUGCACCUGUCCCUGUCCCUGCCCUCGCAACACCUGUCCCCUGCCCUGCUUUUGCUACAGCAGCCUCGCCUACCAAAGAAAUGCCUCUCCCCUGUCCUUCCUCUCAUGCAGCAGCUCCCUCUGCUGCCAAGAAGCCACCUUCACCAGGUAGAACCUCCCCUUUGGGUUCCCCUGCCAGGCACUCCGUGCAGGUCAAUAGGAUCAGCCAAAUGCCACCUCCACCAGGUAGCCCCUCUCAACACAGAUCCCCCUCUGAAGCUGCUUUUGGCUCCCCUGCUUCUGCCGCUCCCCCUCAUUCACCCUCCUCUCAUGGCACCUCUCCUCAUUCCCCGAGAAGGCACUCCAACUCGGCCGUACCGGCCUCUCCUCCUCGUGCUCAUCUGCAUCUGCGUGCCUCAACGUCCCUGCUGCCUGCACCCUCCUCACCUGCACCCGCCUCACCUGGUGCUACGAGCCAUGCUGCACUUCCGGCCAUGCAGGGCGCUGCUGCCCUGCCUGCCAGCAGACAGGGAGAGGGCGCUGCAGAGGCGACUGCGAUUCCUCUCCUCAUGCCCCCCUCUCAGGGGUAUUCCCACCGCUCCUCCCCUCCUCAUGCUCUUGUCGGGGGAAUGUUGAUGGCCAAUGGAGGCUCGUCACGGGUUUCAUCGUUCCGUGACGGCGUUACAUCUCCAAGAGGCGUUUCAUCUCACGGUGGCGUUACAUCUCAUAAUUCCCGUGCACUGAACGAGGGUAGGGGGUCAUUCCCACCCAGAUGCCUCUCAUACCCUCAUAGCCUCUUUGCACCUCCUGUUGCAUCCGUUUCAUCUUUAGAUGUACCCAUUUCACCUCUGCACUCUAACGGAUUAUCUUCUCCCAGACCCAUGUUCGCCUCUCAAAGCAUCCCCAUUAAGGCACACUCUAACACCUCACUCGCCAACCUCUAUGCAUCCGCACACAGUCACAAGCAGCUCAGUGGCUCUUCUUCCCUCGCCUCCCCCCAUCCAUUGUCUUCUGCCUCUCGUCCAAAAUGCCGCUCCCCACCACCCGCCAACCCGCCACCUCCCCCCACUUGCGUCGAGCACUGUCAGUGUCCUCCCCAAGCCAUCCCUCCCCAAGCCAUCCCUCCCCAAGCCAUCCCUCCCCAAGCCAUCCCUCCCCAAGCCAUCCCUCCCCAAGCCAUCCCUCCCCAAGCCAUCCCUCCCCAAGCCAUCCCUCCGUCGCUCUGCCCUCCUCCUCCCCCCUUCAUCCUUCCAACUCGAGUCUUGCUUCUCCAAGGCAGCCCCCUACCUCAUCCCCAACCCCCCCCUCUCGCCCCUCCCUUCAGAAGCAGCAAUCCUUCCCUCCUUCCUCCACUGCCCACGCACGCCUGUCCACGCCUCUCCCUCCUCCCCUUCCCGCAGAGGCUUUUCCUCGCCCCCCAAGCUCCCACCGUCCCGAUUGCCAUCCCGCCCUUUCCUCCUCUCCUCGCCUCACACCCUCUCUUUCUCGAGCCUCUCGCUCCUCCACGUCCUCUCGCUCCUCUGCCUCUCAUGCUUCCUCUCCUCAUCCUUCCUCCUCGCGUGCUUCUUCCUCUCACAUCUCCUCCUCUCACAUCUCCCCUCACGCUUCUUCCUCUCAUGCCUCCUCCCCUCAUGCUUCCUCCUCUCAUGCCUCCUCCCCUCACGCUUCUUCCUCUCAUGCUUCUUCCUCUCAUGCUUCCUCCUCUGAUGCUUCCUCCUCUAAUGCGUCUUCCUCUCAUGCGUCUUCCUCUCAUGCGUCCUCCUCUCAUGCGUCCUCCCCUCAUGCUUCCUCCUCUUCCUCGCCUCCUUCUUGCGCCUCCACCUCUCUAUCCUCCCUGCCCUCCCUCCCUUCCCUCGGUUCCGACAACACACAAUCGAUGCAACCACCAAAGCAGCUCGAGGAACCACCACAGGAGCACCGGCAGCAGGAGGAUGGGUUAA